UUUGAUUUAAGUAGUGACCAAUGAAUUUUAUGUUCUCGUGAAUGUGGUGGACAAUGAGUGGUGGCAGGGGAGAAGUAUCUUUGUAUUAGACUCCGCAUUUUUUUAUCUGGUGAAUGGAAUAGGUGAAUGUUCUUUGAGACAGUCGAAUGGGUGCUCUAGUCAUCCCUCAUUUAUUGUGUUUCAAUAUUUGCUCUGGCUCAUUUGACUUGAUGCUGAUUGAAAACAAGUGAUAGACUUUUCAGACUCGGGAGAUCCAUUUGUGGAGAUUUCACACGGAUUGCUAAAUGAUUUUUGUUUUCUUUUUCAACAGUUGGAAACGGUGAUUUUUAUCCACUAAUUCAGAAUGAUUUUUUGCUCAUUUUUUUAAUGAUUUUAACAUACGAAUGGAUGUGCCAAAAGUAACUUCACAUUCAAAUGAUGAAUUCCAUUUUCAUUGAAUUUUUUUUAGAAGAAAUUUCUCAGUUUUUUUAGAUUUUUAUUGCUAAAGACAUUCACAGCUUCCUGAUGCAUUCCCGGUGGAGGUAUUUGUUGUUUUUUCCUCAAUGGAGAUAACGGAGACACAAAUAGCUAAGGUUAGGUCAAUUGAGAUUUGCAAAAUUCAUUGUGCAACAUUCAGAGGAUUGAAGUCACUCAAAAUAACAUGAAGUUCCUCCUAAAUUUUAUUAUUAAGUUUUUAUUUAUUUAAGAGUUACAAGACUUGAAAAAGAAAAAAUACCGAGUCUGUCCACUUCGUGUAAACGUUCUUUUGAUUAAUAGCAAAUUAAUUUCAUUGGUUUUGGGAAAAAUGUGAGUUCUCAAUGAAAUUAUUCCAUUCGACUCGACUGCUGAGGAAGUUGUUGAGAUUAGUUUAGCAUUUUUCUUUUCAGGAACAGGUGUAUCGAUGCAUUAAGAGUUGAAGUCCUUAUAAUUGAUAGAGAAUACUCACAACUUGAAUGAAUUCCUUUCGUGUUGGGAAGACAUAUCGAACUUGGGGAUUAAUAGUUCAUGAUAAAGUAAUUAGGAAUUAUGAAGAAUAAUUAAUUGUUUUUCAAUUAAGAACCACCAUUUUAAUUUCAUAAGUAUUAUUUCGAUGUAAAAAAUGUUAGGGCCUCGGUAAAUUAUUAAGCGAUAAUAAACGAAUUCCCUUCUCGAGUCACGUACGAAGUUUGUUGUAAAUUACAUGAAGAGUCGGACAAAAUGGAACGUCUUCAAUUGCUAAUAACUUGAGAGCGGUAGAGUGAAAUUCAGCGGUGUUUUUAUUUAUUUUGAAGAUCUGUUUUUGAGCUUUGAAAUGAAAAGACAAUCAUUCAAAUUCAUUCGCCGUUUUCCGAUGUAUUGAACAUUGAAUACGUCCCUUCUGGUCAACUCUCUCCUAUGUGUAUCAUUAACAAAUCUUGAGAGUAUUCUAAAGAGCAAUGAAACACUUCAGAAAUUAUUUUCUGAGAAUUUCAAAAUCUUUAAAAAUGAAAAAAAACCACAAACGGAACAGUGAAGUUUCUUCAUUUCCAUGAUUGAUUCUGCAUUAAAGUAAUAGAACAUAAUCUUACGGAUGAGGAAAUGCCAUUAGAGGUGUCAUUAACUCAGGAAAAUUCUUCUGAUAAUUUCAUAAUUGACUUUAGUACAGAACCACUGAUGAAUGAUGGAGGAUUUUUAUUUUCUCAUAUUUUCAGAAAAAAGACAAUUAGAAAUGCAACAAAAAUAUCUGAGGCGAUUUGUACUUUUUUUCAUUACUCAUCGAAGAUUUAGGAGAAAAAAACAAUAGUUCGUAUAGAAAAUUCUCAGGAGGCUUCUUAGAUUCGAGGAAACGCCCGCAAUGUGUCGAUUUGAGUUAAUGAUAAAACUAGCGAUAGGAAUUAUCAAGUGAAUUGCGAUUAUUCUAUUAGAAAAACGAAUGAGAUAACUGAAAAUAUCAUGUAGCUAAUUUUUGGUGUUGAUUCACAAAAUAUUGAAUGAACUAUAAAGUACGACAAAAAAUAUUGAGAUAAAAUGUCACUUGCGAAAUGCAUGAGUAUUUUGAGUCAAACGGUGAAGAGAUUGCUCUCGACACCCUUCGAGGUGUUCAAGUUAUGUAAAAUGAAAUUGUCAAUAUAAAUAUACUAUUAAGUUGAAAACACGAGUCAUUAUUAACAACUCCUCAUUUUUUUUAAAUUCAUUAACUAUGCCGUUGGGGAAUAAUUUCAGUAGAAAAUGUCACAAGCAGUUUUUUCGUGGAAGCUUCAAUAGCUAAAAAAAUAAUUUAUUACAUUUUCACGUUAGAUUGUUCAUUCUUGAGAUAUUUGGGUGGGAAACGACACCAAUUUUCUCCACUUUGUAAUUUAUGUUCUCUCGUAAAAAAGAUUGAUAAUUGUCAAUAUUACAACCUCAGCCACUGGGCAAUUAAAGCCUUUCCGUGAAUCUUCAGCAAAUCAAUCAAACGCAAGUUGAGCACUAAAAAAAAUCCAUGCUUAUUUCAGGGAAAUAAAAUUUGUAUAGUUGAGGAUAUAGUUGUAAAUAAUAAUUCUACUCUCAUCAUGGAUAAUUAUCAGUGCUUAUCCCGGUUUCGCUACCGUAUCCUCACUGAUUCACCCGAUAGACAUAUUAAAUUAUUCUAAUGCCCUGUAUGCGAUAGAGUUAAUGGCAGCAGAGUUAGGCGCGUUAGAUGAACAACGUAACAACAACCUCUGAAUGCCAGCAGUGGUCAUUGUCAAGGCUCCUCGCAAAGCACGUAAAAUUGCGUAAUUCAAUGUUUUACAUCAAUCAGCUAUUACUAUGAUUAUUUUAUCGUUACGUUACUAAUGCAAUAGUCUUGACUCAUUCGUAAAUAUGUUUUUAUUGUAGUAGACGCUUCACCUGAUUGAAUUGAAAAAUUCUCCUCGACGAGAGAAAACGUGGAGAAACUUCGAGGGAAUGCUGACAGGAAUCCCGAUAAAUCCAUCAUUAUUAUUUUUCUAAUGGUCUUUAAUUUUAAAAAAUCCCUUUUGACUAGACGGCAUAAACACGACAAAUUGAGAAAAUGUCACAUUGCAAUGAAUUUCCGGAUAAGCAGAAAUUCGGCUAAUUGUUUCGAAGGAAUUCAUAUUUUUAUUGUAUACUACCACUUUGGGAAACCAGAAAAAUGUAGAAACGUGAGCUUUAAAUGGAAAAAUUCCGACUUUGAACCAAUUCCACUCGUUUAUCUUUAAUAUUGAUGAGCAAAACUAGUUUAUUAACUAUUCCUCAAUCAUAAACAGACACCUGUGUCGAAAAUGCGGACGCAAAUCGAUGAUCAAUCAAUCAUGAUUUUUUCAUCGAUUGUAUAAUUAAUAUAAUUGCAAAAAAAAAUAAUUUUCAUUGGCAAUAAUAAAGUAGAGUGCAGCAAACGUCCUUCCCCCUGACUCGUCCACUGAGGUAACAACAAUCGCGCAAUUAUGAUGCAACCAUUAUCGUCCGACGACUCUUAUCAGUUGAAGCGAUUGGUACGGCAAUUAAUUGCCAUGCCAAUCGGAAGUAGAAAUUCCAUUUGUCUUCCUCUCGUUCGUCGUACUCCCUCCCCCCAUCCCUUUCUCAUGCACGUUCCGUACAUUUUGAAGUCCUUUUGACAAGGACAAUUGGAAAAAUAUCCCCCCUUCAUUCAGAUCGAGUGGAAAAAAUCAUUUUUCGAUUGCCUCUGGAGGCUUCCAUCGAUUCAUCUCGAGGAAAAAAAAAUCUGACUAAUUGUUGGAGGGAGGAUUGAGUGUGGAAACCUCUGGAAGAAUCAACAAACUAAUCAGUUUGAUUACAUGAUUGAAUUUUUUUUUCUGAAUUAAGUUCAUUGCGACUUUUGCGCAUGGUAAAAUUUUUUACAAGAAUUUCGGACCUAAAAAAUUAGUGUUUCCACUGUUGCUCUAAUUUUUAAAUGAUUCUUCAUAAUUUUGGUUCAUUUGCUUUUUAUUAUAAAAAACAUUAAGUUUAACAUUACCAAAAUUAAUUAUCAAAAAUAGGGAUCAAAUGUAAAUGUGUCAUUUUUCUUCUCGAGCAAAAUGACAUUUUUUUAAACAUAUGUAUUUCUGAAAUAACAUUGACUCGUUUCACUUACCUCAUUCGUUACGAUUUAACCAACCGUGAGCAUUGAAUGAGUCGAUUAUAUUUUCCUGCUUGUGUAUGGAAAAUUCUAGGGAGAUUUGUACAAUAAGAAACAACUGGCACGCUAAAAAAACCCGACGAAGAGGAGCGAGAAGGCAAGGGGGUGGAUUCAUUCAAAAUGAACAAUGUAAGAAAACUUGUUCCUCAAUUUCCGGCAGUGCCAGCAUGUUUUGCAUAAUUUUUUUGCUCUUCCGGUUUGAAUAUUAAAAAAGGCAUUGAAUUUUUAUGUCUAAAUGGAAAAUCCAUUGCGAGAAAUGACGCUGUUUGUUUUGUCAUGUUCUUUAUGGUAUUCAAAUUGCACUCAGAUCGCUUCAAGGUUCAGAAGUAUGUGAUUUAAUGGGGCGAUUAGAAUUAAUCGAAAUUCUGAUUGAUUUCUAUUCAAUUUGUGCAGAAAAUGUUAUUUGUUUUCCUUUGGAUUUUUUUCUCAUAAUCUUCCAAUUAAAAUAAUAAAUGAAUAAUGUCUUUGCAUUUGAAUUGGAGCAUUGUAUUUUUUUAAAUUUAAGUUGUCACUUCUCUGUUCAUUAAUUGAUCAUUCCGUACAAAUAUCUUGAGUUAAUGAAUGGUCAUUGAAAAUUGCAGUUCAAUACAAUCGUUAAUUUUAAUUGAGUUUCCAAUGAGCAUUAAUCAAUAAAUUUCUCAAUGAAAAAUUCCAAUAAAAUCAAGGGGAAAAAUAUCUAGUGCAAAAAAAUGAAUUUUCAUUUGUAUUAAAAGCAAAGUCAUGUUUCAUUCCAAUUUCAUAAUCUCUGAUUGCGAAAAUAAAUAACCAUUCGAAGGAUAAAUCCCGACAGGCUCGAUAAAUUUGACAUUCCGGAAACGAAUAAAGCAUCGUAAAGAAUAUCUUCCGUUCUACUAAUCCGUUUCAGGGAUCCUUGGCUCAGGAAUAACUUUCAUUGAAGGUUGAUUCUGUCAUCACCGAAUGGCAAGGAGAGGAUUAUGAGAUUGAAAAAAAUGAUAGAGGGCAGCAACCGAUCAACACGUCGUUAGAAUCAUUUUACCCCGGGGCGAUUGCGAUACUGUUCCGCCUCAAUGGUAUUUUAAUAUCGGAGAAAAUAACAAGGAACAGAUCCUGGAUUUUUUUUCUAUCAGGGAGUUGAUCCUUCACAAGGAGAGAUCCGGGUAAACAAUGGUCAUGAUCGUGAUGGGAAUUAACAGUCAUAUCGGUAAUGAGGGAGUGCUGGGAAGGGGGAGGGCGAUGGAAAUCAUUUAGUAAUGAUGUCUUGGAAAUGUUGUCUACAUUAUGUGACUGGUUGAUGUUGUUUUUGAGACGUACUGGGGGGCACUUGGCUGCGGGGAGGUUCAAUUUAUAUGCAGAUACGUGUGGAAAUAUUUUAUAAGGUAAUCCAACGGGUGGGGGAGGUGUUACAGUCUUUAAAAAAUGUUUUUCAUGAAAAAAAUUCCUUAAAAAAUUGUUUUGCAUUAAAAGCGCGCCUACGAUGGAUCUACUUCAGUCAUCGAAUAGACAACACUCCAAAAAUCCCUUUUCUGCACAUCGUAAUGGAAAUCAUUGUUCGAUACCACGAGAAAAAUCAUUUUCUGCAUUCAUAAGAAAAUAUACUAUUUGAUUUUUCGCAACAAAAUUUUCAGCACUCGGCGAAUUUCGUAGUUUUUACGAAACAUUUCUCCCUAUAAAUUUAUCGAAUUAUCAAAGCAGCGGCGAACAUUCGACAUCUCUUCCCUUUUCAUCUCGACGAAACCCACUGAGUGUAUAUAAGUCCACAGGACUGCAGCGAUUCUUCUCAGUCAGCCACGAAAACUCAUACACUACACGUGAUUGCUAUUUUUUUUAUCAUCUGAACUCUUGUACAACAUCGUCAUAGCAAUGUGAAUGAAGUUUCGAAUUUCCAGUUUGUAAAUUGAAGAGAGGAAAAAAUAUCGAAAUAUUUGAUAUCGUGAUAUCAAAUAUUUUUUUAAUUCACCAGUAGGUUCUCCCUGGGUUUACCAAUUGGGAAAGCAAUGUUGAAUCAAUUUAAAUUCUGGUGGAAAACUUUCAAGUCUACAGAUGCGAGAGGUGUGACAGCGAGUUUAGCAGCACAUUCAGGUCAAAUAUCCCUCGGACUGUCCCAAGGUUUCAGUGCUGUGUUAAUACCAAAAUUACUCGAAUCAAAUUUGACAAGUAUAAUCGAGGCAUCAUGGAUAGCGUCAUUGGGGGUUAUAUCGAACCCACUCGGUGCACUCAUCGCUGGCUCGACAGCCGAGUGUUUCGGACGAAGAGGAGCUAUAGCCCUCGCUACACUGCCCCAUGCAGCCGGAUGGUUGUUCAUAGCACUGUCAACGAAUAUAUCGAUGCUUUAUGUCGGCAGAUUUAUCAGUGGUAUCGGUGCGGGAAUGGCUAAUGCACUUUACCUCUAUGUCACAGAGAUCGCAGCGCCGGAUCAACGAGCCUGCCUGGCCUCCUGUGGUCCCGUCCUAGUCUCCGUGGGUGUCCUCUGCAGCUACGCCCUAGGUGCCCUAACCACCUGGCAGUGCACGGCAGCCAUCAGCAUAGCCCCAGCAAUUCUCUCCCUAGCACUAACCCGUCUCAUUCCGGAGAGUCCAGCCUGGCUGGCUAGGAAGGGGCGCCUUCCGGAGGCCCAUGAGUCCCUCCUCUGGCUGCGGGGCCCCGGCAUAGCCUGUGACAACGAGUACCGUGAGCUCUGCAGCGUUGCCUCUGUUGAACAUCGAAAAGAGGAGCAGAUAAAUUUAGCAAGCGCCAUUUUGCAGCCCAAAAUCUGGAAGCCAUUUCUAAUCCUCUUCGUGUUCUUCGCUCUCCAGCAAAUGUCGGGAAUUUACAUUAUUCUUUUCUACACUGUCAAUGUUCUGAAGGAUAUUGGCACUGAUAUUGACGAAUACAUGCUGAGCGUUGGCAUCGGCAUUGUUCGAUUACUGGCGGCUAUCUUAGGGGCCAUUUGUGCCGGUCAUUUCGAUCGCACGACGCUCGCCUGCACUAGUGCCAUUGGAAUGGCCGUGUCAGCACUGACAGUUGCCAUGUCAACAGGAAGAACCAUUCACACGGAAUUAAUUCCAAAGUGGAUAUCCAUCAUAUGCGUUGGCAGUCAUGUUGGCUUCUCCAUGAUCGGUUAUCUGACCCUCCCGUGGGUCAUGACGUCCGAGCUAUAUCCUUUGAGAUUCAGGGGGGUCAUGGGGGGGCUCACAACAGGAAUUGCUCAGAUUAUGACGUUCACCGCUGUCAAAACCUAUCCUGAGAUCAAUAAUCUCAUUGGGAUACAGUUGGUGAUGUUAAUUUUCGGCGUUGCCAGUAUAUUUGGCGCCAUAUUCUCACUGACCAUCCUCCCGGAGACGAGGGGUCGAAGCUUGGAGGAGAUCGAGAGGCGAUUCUCUCUCAAUUUCAAUUAUUCCCGGGCGAGGGAGGUUAAUGUCUUCGUCGUUGAAAAGUUUGGGAGAAUUCAGGAUAAGUUUGCAGAGUUGGGAAACGACAAUUUCGCCUGUGAACAUGACGAUAAAAUGAAGAAGGGGAAUGGAGACAGCUGUGUUUAAUAUGGAAAUGACAUUCGACAAUGACAGUCCGCUGAUCAGUAUUAUAUGAAUAGGUUAAGUUAUGAUUAAUUGUUUUUAUACGUCUUUUAUGGUAAUAAAUUUUUUUAUGAAAAAAAAA